AUGCGGCUGCUGACUCGGCCGCAUUGCCAUGAUUGUCGCAACAGGCCGCGGCGGCAUUGCCAGCAGCGGCUUCAACGCACCCGUGUCGCCGUAAUCGCCGCGUCGCUCGUCGCGCUAUGCGCGUCGUUCCCGCCGGCAGCGACGGUGCGCGCUGACGUCAUCCAGCCGCUGCCGGGGCUCGGCACGGCCAAUGACGUGGCGCUCGCUGAGAAGGCGGCGCUGCUGUCGCUGGCGGCGGCGCUGGGCGACCAUGCGGCGUUCCGGUGGGCGGGGUGGGCCAAUCAGUCGCAGGGGCUGUCGUACGAGCAGAGCAAGCCGUGCGUGCAGUUCUGGGAGUUCCUCUCCUGCGACUCGCACGGCCGCGUCUCCAGCAUCAACAUUGCCAAUCCCACUCUAGCUGUCAUCAAUGCAUCGUGGGCCAAUCAGAAAACGCCAGGUGGCUUAAAGGGGUCGAUCCCCUGGGAUACCCUCACGGCGCUGGAGCACCUGCAGGCCGUUGAUCUAUCGGGCAACUCCAUCUCUGGCCCUCCGUUCACUGCUGCCAUCUCCAAGUUCACUGCGUUGAGAGACAUCCAGCUGGCGCGCAACGCCCUGGAUGCACCCCUGGUGGGCGAGCUCUCCGCGCUCUCCAACCUGCACAACCUCGACCUGAGUGGUAACCGCAUCCCCGGCGCCCUGCCCCCAGGCCUGUUCGCCCUGACAGCCCUGGAGGUCCUCUCCCUUGCCUCCAACCAGCUUGCUGACUCCUUUCCCUCUGGCCUCUCCGCACUCACUGCCCUCAAACACCUCGAGUUGGGCAGCAACAGCUUCAGCGGCCCCUGCCUGGCAGCUGGAGCGCUCUCUCCAACCUGCACCUGCUCGACCUGGCCAGUGCGGGAGUGCUCACCCCACCGCCAGACUCAUGGGCGGCGCUCUCAUCACUCGAGAUCGUCUCCCUGCAGAACAACAACCUCACUGCGCCCUUCCCCGCCUUCCUGCUGCAACUGCCCAACAUCUCCCACAU